AUGUUGACCAACACACUGCUUGCACCUAUUGGUAUAAGUCUUGUCUUUACAUCUGUCACCCUUCUAAACGGCCAAUCUCUUCGUGAAGCAAGAACAAAAAUCAAAACUGACAUGCCGAAAACCUUUCUAGCUGGUACAUGCUACUGGCCAUUUGUCUCAUUUAUUAACUUCCGGUUUAUACCAUUGAAUUAUCGACCAUUUGUUGGAAGCUUGGCUGGAGCUAUAUGGAAUGUUUAUAUUUCGUCAGUUGCUAACAAGACGGUUGAAAGUUUAAAUGACACUCCAACACAAUUGAUAAGAACUACGACAACUGUCAUAGCUGAAACAGGUGGAAAGGCAACACCAGCACGACGAGAGGCAUGA